AUGUCCACCAACUCCACAGGCACACAUUCACGGCCGAAUCUGUGGCAGUACGUUUCCUUCUCCUCCCCGCGACGCCGAUCCUCGUCUCUGGUCCUUCCCAAGCGCGAGACAUACGAUCCCUUUGAAAAGGCCGACCGCCACAGCACACACAAAUCCGCCGAGUCGAUGCAGGAAAAAGUGCAGUCCGCGCUGAUGAAUCAAGGCGCCCGCGCGCGGUACAUCAAGACCGGCUGCUUGAUCUUCUUCGUGCUGGCUGUGUUGUACUACAUUGUGCCUGGACAGAGCAUUGGAGCCGGCAAAUUUCCCGGUGGCGAUGUCGCGAGCGACCCUUCUGUAGCGACAGCGAAGUGCUCGCGCAGCUACUCCAAGGACAAGCCGCUCAUCCAAUAUGCGCUUAUGGUCGAUGCCGGCAGCACAGGCAGCCGGAUUCACGUCUACCGCUUCAACAACUGCGGACCAACGCCCGAGUUGGAGGAUGAGAUAUUCAAGAUGACCGAGAAGCGAGAUGGUGGUUCGGGAUUGAGCAGCUACAAAGGUGAUGCCGAAGGGGCCGCAAAGAGCUUGGAUGUUCUUAUGGACGUCGCGGUCAAAAAUGUGCCGGACAAGCUCAAGAGCUGCACUCCCGUCGCAGUCAAGGCCACUGCUGGGUUGAGAAAGUUGGGCCCUGAGAUGAGCGAUGCCAUUUUGAAGGCUGUCAGGGAAAGGUUGGAAACGGUCUACCCAUUCCCGGUUGUCAGCGAGGCGAACGGUGGCGUGGAGGUCAUGGAUGGCAAGGAUGAGGGUGUCUACGCUUGGAUUACCACCAACUACUUGUUGGGCAAAAUUGGAGGUCCUGACAAGACUCCUACUGCCGCAGUCUUCGAUCUCGGAGGUGGUAGCACGCAGAUUGUCUUUCAACCAACAUUCAAAGCCGUUGAUGGAGGCAUGCCCGAGCAGCUGCAAGAAGGGGACCACAAGUACAGCCUCAAGUUCGGAGGCCGCGAUUUCACGCUCUACCAGCACUCAUACUUGGGCUACGGGCUGAUGGAGGCACGCAACAACCUCCACCGCGUUGUGGUUGAAGGAAUGUACGACAACCAUCAGCAGUCCAAGGCUUGGCUCACCGAGCCAAUCUCCAAUCCAUGUUUCGGAAUCGGCAUGAGCAAAAAAGUGGAAGUUCCGCUCAGUGAAGGACACCCACUCGGUGCCAGCGUAACCGUCAACAUGACCGGUCCGGCAGUCGGCAGCCCAGCACAAUGCAGAGCACUCGCUGAGAAGACCCUUAAGAAGGAGUCUGAAUGCAAGCUGGCACCAUGCGCUUUCAACGGUGUUCACCAGCCUAGUCUGGAGAAGACCUUUUCGCGCGAGGACGUCUAUCUUUUUUCAUACUUCUAUGAUAGAAUUCAGCCCCUCGGUAUGCCGGAGUCUUUUACCUUGCGGGAAUUGAAGGAGCUCACCGCGCGUGUCUGCCAAGGUGGCGACGCGUGGAAAGUGUUUGAAUCAGUACCUGGUGCUUUCGAGGAGCUCCAGGAUCGCCCCGAGACYUGCUUGGACCUGAACUUCAUGCUGGCAUUGCUGCAUACUGGAUAUGAGAUGCCGAUUGACAGAGAGGUCAAGAUCGCGAAGAAGAUCAAGGGCAAUGAAUUGGGAUGGUGCUUGGGAGCCAGUUUACCUCUGUUGUCGCAGGAAUCGGGCUGGAGCUGUAAGAUUAACAAGAUCCAAUGA